CUCGAGAUGGUUUCCUUUCAAGAUUUGCCAUCCAUUGCUUUACUUCACAUUUGCGAUUAUCUCGAUCGCGAUCAUGCCUCCAGUCUCGUUGCCUUUGCAUGUGCCAACAAGCAUUGCUAUUCUACCGCAAUUAUUCUUCUCUUCCGGAGUAUCAGACUUUCUACAAGUAGUCAACUCGCCGCAGAAGUCCAGAGGUGCCAUGAUAUGUUACAUCGUAGCGCUUCAACUGGAUUUGUACGCCGUCUUAGUAUAGAUGGUCCUUGGCCUCAGAGGAACAGGGAUGGUAUCGAGCAGACGCGCCCUAAGAUAUUCGGCGAGGAUCGUGGAUACGAGCGUCGCCUUAUUGAUACGGUCUCGACGUACCGUACUAUAGCUGAUAAGACGUCUGCAAUGGCUGUCUAUGAAGCGAACGAUGCCUGGAAACCGUUGGCCGCUCUUGUCAGGCAGUUGCCUGCGCUGCAAGACUUGAUCUACAAACGCCCUAGCCAGUUUCAACCUUGUUUACUUGAAACUUUGCAUCAGCACCUACCUCACUGCAGACUUCAUAUCGAUCCAUUCAAGCUUCGUAGUCUGAAUGAGCACUUAACCGAUCCAUACGAAGUCGUUCUUGCGACCUCACCUUCUCUGUAUAGCAUUGGCGUUGACUGUGAUAUGCAGUGGGGUGCAAUUACUGGAACAGUUCAAAACUUCAACUACGAGGCGGUUCAGAGUAUGGUAGCCUGUUUGGCACCCAACCUGAAGGAAAUUCGUAUAUUUAAUGCUAGUUGGGGCGCUACUUUGAACGGGUUUCCAGAGGGUGAGCCUUGGAAAGGCUUCACACCCAACCGUCGAGCAGAGAUUUCUUCGACAAAGAUUGGCUCUUUGCGCAGCCUGUGCAUUGGAGUUGGUGACAAACUCAUUGGCACGCAUCUCAUCAAAACCUGGAACGCGCACACUGACUUCUCGGUGUUGGAGUCCAUGAACCUGGAAGCUGAGGUUGACCAAGCUGUGCUCGAGUUCUUAGCAGCAAGUUCCGGGUUUCCAUCAUUGACAGACUUGGUCCUCAAUCUCACAUAUGAUUACAUGAGCCCCUCACAAAAGACUGAAUUAUACAAUCUCGCAAGUCGGUUUCUGCUCAGUCUGCAACCUUUAUCAAGACUGACUCUCAGCGGCGGACUCUCUCGUGUCAGCCUGGAAUCGAUCCUGGAGCAUCAUGGUGCUGCAUUGCGCAGUUUAGAUCUAAAAGGAUCACCGGAAAGCGACAAAAUACUGUCGCCAGAAGUAAUUGCGAGAAUCGGACCACAGUGCCCCUUGCUUAGAGACCUGACGCUAAAAGUCCGUCGUUCAAAAGGUGAUGCCAUCGAAUGGGCCGCGCGCGGUGGCCUCGGUUCUUACCAAGCUUUGGGGUCAUUUGUAAAUCUAAAAUAUCUAUCCCUAGCCUUGGAUGCGUCGAACCAUGCCAUACUUGGAGCGGAGUCACUCGCUGGUUUGGACCUAGAGGACGACGAUGUCCCCUACCCAGAGACUCCAACUGAUCCCUCGUUUGACGAAUUUGAUCAGCGCUUCUUUCAGGAGAGUUACUCAGGGUAUCGUGCUCCUCGAAAGGGGCAUAUACGUGAUGCAUUUAUUAAUAGCGCGGUAGACGGAGUCCUCACCGAGGCCAUCUUUUGGGCAAUCUCAUGUGGCAAAGCUGAAGGAUCGUUGCCUUUGGAGGAGUUGCGAUUGAGAGUAUUCGGCGGAGGAGAUUUCGGAGGUGGACUGUUCCCACAAAGUGUUUCUGUUAUAAUCGCCGAACUUGGUCGUUCUUGGUUCUGCAAAAGGUGUGUGCGAGAUGAUCGUCGCCAGCAGCUUAUCACCAAGGAGUUGACACAACGGAAGCAAGAGACAUGGCAGACUCAGACUGGCCAGCCAACACCAUUUGCCCAGUCGAUCUUUCGUAGAAUUUGGCCUGCCCGUGGUGGCGAUUGGAGAGAUGAAUGGUGUAGCUUGACAUUGCAGACAUUGAAUACUUGA